AUGGCGUUGAUUAAAGUGGGGGGUAUAGGUCAGAUGACUUCUAAACAAGACCGCAUUACGGAUGCCAUGAAGGAACGUAUUGCUCAGUUAGAAAGAGAGCUGUCUCUGUGCAAGCACCACCUUAGUGAGGUAGUAGAACAAAAAGAAACAAUUGAAUGCGAUGUAGAGGCAUUACAAAAAGAGGCUCACGAUGUCGUCGCCCAAUGGGUUGCGAAGUCGAGUGAACUGCAGACAAAACUAGAUGAGUCGGUGGCGCAAGUUGUGGUUGUAAGAAAUGAACUGCUUAUUACAAAGAGUAGCAAUGACGAUCUUCAACGUCGCUUGCAAGAUGCACAUGAGACAAAUCACGUACAGGCGGAGGAGUUAAAUCAACUAAAAAAGGCCUCUCAAGAUUAUGCCGCGAAGUUGGCGAGAAUGGAGAAGGAUUUUUCUUCUGCGUCCCAGCAGAAUAUUCAUUACGAAACUCUUGUAAGCAAGAUGGAUUUAGAAAUGAAACAGGCCACAGAAGAGAUGAGGGCUUUGAUGCAAGAAAAGGAUGUGCUGAUAGAAGUUGUGGCUGAGCUUCGAGAAGAAAAACGCAGUUUAGAAGAGGCUCGGUUUGAGGCAAAGAACUUUAUAGGACGUCUUCAGAAUGAGGUAACUGACUGUGAACGGAGACUGCAGCAACUUUUGUUGAUACAGUCGCUUGAUGAAGAGGAAUUUCAUGCUAGGGAGGAAAUCGUUUUCCAAUGGGGAAACUUCUAUUUGAAUGCCCUUUUAGCUGAGGCAAAGGAAAAUAUUCAUGGCAACUCCCUAUUACAAAGGAAACACCAAAACCUUGAGGCGGGGAUAAAUCUUUUGCGCAAGGAGAAAUCUCUUCUUGAGACCGAAGUUGAGAAAACGUCCGCUGAAUUGUCAGCCCUGCGUCAGGACUAUGAUAAAACAACCAGCAAUUUGUCUCAACAUGUGCGUUUAUUAGAACAAGAUAUAACAGAACUUCAAGAUUCGCAGAUCAGUCAAAAGCAAAUUGUUGAUUUUUUAAGAAAGGAGCUUGAUAACUCUACCGCUCAAAUUGAACGUUAUAAAUCACUUAACGAGGAUCUAAACACUGAGUUUAAAGCAGUAAAGGACUGCUAUUCUUCAUUGCUUCUGGAAUACAACGAGCUUAGACUAAGUGAAGAGAGAUGCCAAAGGGAGACAAAUGCCAAAAUUACUCUGUUGACUGACGAAAAUAAAAAUAUUAGAGCUGAUCGCGAUGAUCGUUUACAAAAACUUUUGAAGGAAAAUACAACUUUGCUUGAACGCUUGUCAUGCACAGAAAGAGAGGUUCUGGAGCAUGCAGAGCUUCAAGCUCGGCUAAUUCUGGAAGUAUCUAAAAACAAUGAAUGGUCGACAUUGCUCUUCUAUUACGCUUCUCAUUUGGCAAAUUGGCUACAGGAGAACGAUGGACAACUUCGGAUGAUGCGUGAAGAGGUGGAUUUGAAAGAGUCCUUUUUGAAGGAAAAGGAUGAAAUGAAUCACACACUGUGUGA